ACUGCUAGGUUUGGCAACCGCAAGGGCUGCCGCGCUUUUAUCGAAUUAGUAAUCGGCAGAUUCAGGGCUGGUCGAGCUACGACACUACCUCAUUAUAUCGAAGAGAGAGAAUCCAGAGAGGCGGGAGGCUAUACAGAGACAAUGGGGUCCCUCCGCUUCUUCUUCCUGGUAAUGGCCGGAUUCCUCGCAUGCACGGAGCACGGCGCAGCGAUGAUGAUGGACGAUAUCGUGAUGGUGCCCCGGGUUCUUCAGUACCAGUUACUGAGUUCAUUCUCUGGACGAUUCGUCGGAGUUACGCCAGACGGGAGCAUUCACGCCAUGGGUGACAUAAGAGAUCCCCGGACAAAAUUUUUUCCUCGCUUUACAACUGAAGGAAAGUGGGCAUUUGAGUCUGUCUGUGAUAGAGGCAAAUACAUUGUGAUGGAGAAAAUAGUGACGGGAAAUCGUACCGAAAUAAAGUUUCGACUGGGAGUCCCAAGAAACAACAGCGAGCUUUUCGAGCAUAUUGCUCCAUUCUCUGGGUUCUCUGCAUACAAGUCUAGCGGAAUUGAGCCAGAACACUGUUACAUGGGCUUUGAUUCGUUUGGAAACAGAUACGGAGAGCUUUUGUGCCAAGUUGACACAAGUCACAUGUCCACGAUCAUCAUGCAUAUAGAGUCUGUCGAUGUAACUAACUGCCAAUACACACAGCUCCGGUCAAGCAAGAUUGAACUUUGAGAUUUUUUUCCAGCUCAGUAAACAUUUUGGCUAGCUAGUCUACCUGUAUUUCAUUUCAGAAGUGAUUUAUUAGUAGCUACUUUCAUAGUUUUGUAGAAGUGAAAGCACUUAAGUUUCAGAA